AUGAACUGUUUUGAACAUAAGUCUGCUUCUGCUAAUUACAGGGAAUUUGGAAAUGUGAAGAAGGCAUUCACUCCUCCACGAGAGGUGCAUGUUCAAGUAACCCAUUCCAUGCGCGAUUGGGCUUCACAGAAUCUCUUGAUGCACCUAAAGCCUGUCGAGAAAUGUUGGCAGCCUACUGAUUUUCUUCCUGAUCCUGCUUCUGAGGGAUUUGAUGAGCAGGUCAAGGAGCUAAGGGAAAGGUGUAAGGAAAUUCCUGAUGACUACUUUCUUGUAUUAAUUGGGGAUAUGAUCACAGAGGAGGCCCUUCCAACUUAUCAGACCAUGAUAAACACCCUAGUUGGUGUUCGUGAUGGAACUGGUGCCAGCCUCACUCCUUGGGCUAUUUGGACUAGGGCAUGGACAGCGGAGGAAAAUGGGCAUGGUGAUCUUCUCAACAAAUACUUUAUCUCUCUGGAAGAGUUGAUUUGAAGCAAAUUGAAAAGACAAUCCAGUACCUAAUUGGUUCUGGGAUGGUAAGAUUUUUACAAGACCUUAUGUUAAAGAGUGCAGCUUUGAGCAAGUGUUAUACUGUCUCUCUAUGUAUCUGCAUUUGGCAUAUCCCAUGCUGUCAUAAGAUUUCUGAUUUUUCUCCCA